ACUAAUGCGGAUGAGGACAGGAAGUAAACCGGAAACUGCAAUGCCGAUUUCUAGACAAAAGUGGAAGUUCGUUACUACGCUGGUGCACAGAGCCUAUACCGCGGCUGCUGGUAAGUGCUGUUCCCAGUGAAGCGGUGUGUUUGUAAUGUUUACUGAUUAUUAUUAUUAUUAUUUUACAAUGACGUGAAGAGAGCAUGGAGCUGUAAACCAUUUGUUUACACUCCAAAGGUAUUUUAGACAUCAACUACAACAGUAAUAAUAAUUAGUAUAUUGCAGUGUAUCAGUUAUUUAAUGUUUUGUAUCAAUACUGAAGGUAUUAUUGAUUAGGUGAUGGUUAAAAGAAUAGAUUAAUGUUGAAAUUGUGCCUUGUUCCUAGAAGGACAGAGAGUGGAAAGUUAUAGAUCAGAUGGUAAAAUGGAGAUAGAGACUGGAGAGAAAGUGGGAAAUGUAGAGGCACAAGAGACAGAAACAGUACAGGGAACAACAAGCCAGGAGACAGAGACUGGAGAGAAAGAGGGAAACUAAGAGACAGAAACAGUGAAGGGAACAGCAAGCCAGGAGAAGGAGACAGAAGCCAGAGAGGGGCUAUUCUCUAACCUACUUGGACUACAACACCCAACUGACCCUGCAUGUCCUACAAUUCAACAUAAAGUACGAUGAGGCCUUUAUCCGAAUGUGUGAUAAUAUUGGACCCUGCCAAACCAGACGGUCAUUUCCAAAGAAUGUAGAGGGAUGGUCAUUUCAGAAGAAGUGGUAUGAAUGUAGAGGUAAGAAGUGGUAUGAAUGUAGAGGUAAGAAGUGGUAUGAAUGUAGAGGUAAGUAGUGGUAUGAAUGUAGAGGUAAGAAGUGGUAUGAAUGUAGAGGUAAGAAGUGGUAUGAAUGUAGAGGGACGGUCAUUUCAGAAGAAGUGGUAUGAGAAUAACCCAUGGCUAGAAUAUUCUCCUAGCACUGAUGCCAUGUUUUGUUUCAGCUGCAGUCUUUUUUUAAAUGAUGAAAGAUACAGGAGUCACACUAACUGGAAAACUGUAGGGUUAAAUCGCUGGAGGAAAGCACAGUGCCUCAGAGGCUCACAUGUCUGGUAUGGUGAGGUGGAACUCCUUCAAGAAAAAAUACUGGAGGCAGCUUUUGAAGUGGGUGACCUUGAGUCACAAGCUGCAAAAGACAAAGAGAGGGAGAGGAACAGAGAAGUGUUGUCUCGUUUGAUUGCCAUUACUCUUUUCCUGGCAAGACAGGGCAUGUCUUUCAGGGGAGAUGAUGAGACUUCAUCAAGCCAAAAUCAAGGGAAUUUCUUGGAGUUAGUGGAGUUGUUCAGCAAGUAUGACAGUGUAAUUAAAUUACACCUUGAUGCCGUAAAAGAGAAGCAGGGAACCCAAAAAAGACCUCUUGUCUCGCUCCUCUCCAGAAUCCAGAAAGACAUAAUCAAAGCUUUGGCUAUAUCUGUAAAAUGUGUCAUCAGAGAAGAAAUUCAAGAGAGGAAAAUCUUUUCGAUAAUUCUGGAUGAAACGACAGAUGUGUCCCACACUGAACAGGUUUCCUUUGUUGUGAGAUAUGUACACAACAUGAACAUAAAGGAGAGAUUCAUUCAAUGUGCAAUGUGCAUUCAACAAGUGGAGAUGCUCUUGAAAAUCUCGUCAUGGCUCUACUGGAAGAAAAUGACCUGAAAAUAAAAACCAUCCAGGUUCAAGGUUAUGAUGGGGCUGCAAACAUGAGUGGGCACUAUAAGGGACUGCAGUCCAGAAUCCUCAGGGAAAAUCCAAAGGCCUUGUAUGUGCACUGUCAGGCACACUGCCUUAAUCUGGUAUUGGAAGAAAGUGCAAAGUCAAACAUCUUUUUUUGUCAACUAUUUCAAUCUAGUUAAAAAACUUUACACUUUUAUGGCCAACUCAUCAAAACGGCACUCCUCAUUUAUUCAAAUGCAGAAGAGAAAGCACCCCGAUCAGCGUCCACUGGAGCUGAAGAAACUGUCAGAUACUCGGUGGGCCUGUAGAGAGAGUGCACUUAAAACUCUGGUGAAGGUCCUCCCAUCUGUCAUGCAGUUCCUUGAGGAAAUGACACAGCAAGAUCCCCCAGACUCCUCAGCUGGUGAUGCAAUGAUCCUUCUAAAAAGCAUACAUUUUGAGUUCUUCUUGUGUUUAGAGAUCACCUGUCCAAUCUUCCAGGUAACUGCAGUUGCAUCUGAUGCAUUGCAGCAGAAAGUCAUGGACCUGGCUGCAGCAUACAGCAUUGUUGAUGGAGUUUUAAAGAGGCUGGCCUACAGCAGAACAGAAGAAGAGUUUGAGAACAUUUAUAAACAGGCUACAGAGAAGGCUGCAUCAGUGGGCCUGGAUCCUCCAUCUGAGGUCCCUGGACAAGCAAGGAGGAGGAAAGAGCCAGAAAAGUUCAGAUUUUCUGCCUUCGACUGACCAUGCUUUCCCAACUUUGCAGGAGUACUACCGUGUUUUUAGUAGUUGCCAACAGAAUGAACACACACACAUUUUAGUUUCUUUAUUUAGAUUUUUGAUUAGACAUAUAAUCAAUAAAAAUCUUAGAGUCACAAUGCAACAUAUGAAAUCAUGAUCAUAAUAUUGCAUACUGUUAGACACACACACACACACACAUAUAUCUGUCUAUAUAGAUUUAUCUGUCUCACUCUUACCCCUGCCAUGGCCACCCUCAUCCUUUCCCCCUAUUAAUGUUUCUUUCUCAAAUGAUUUCCCAUGCUUUUUUAAAUCUGGUAUCUUAUUUUCUCUACCUGCACCUCUUGGUGUGCAGCAGCCUCUGUGAGCAUCCUCUUAUUUUCUUGCAGCAGUCAGCCUUGGCAGCAGUUGCAGCACAGCAGGUCAGUCACUGUGAGCCAGUUACAAACACUUUCAGCAAUCUUUACAGCUUGUCAUGGUCAUAACAAUCGUUUAAUCAGCUAAUAUAUCUCAUAUGCUUGUUUUAAGGUCUAUUCUCAGAUAAACUCCAGCAGUAUCAGCAGCAACAACAGCAGCAAAUGCACUUAAGAUGUAUUUAGGAUUUUACCAGAAAAUGUUUUAACCUUUAAUGUUAAAAAUUUUGUAUAAUAUUAAUAACUUUUAUUGUGUAAAUGUAACUCUUUUAUUUGUAAUUCAGUUUUUGUCAUGAAAAUAGCCACAUAUGCUGAUAAGGCAUUAAAUAAAACUAUACUGUACUGUAUGAAACAGCCACGUUGUUGAUUUUGAAUAAUGACGAUGUCCAAGACAGAGUUUACUAUAACAGCUGUUCUUUACUAUUCUGUAUAACAGAGAAGAAAAAGCCUUCAGAUUGGGACAACUUAAGACACUUUAUUUUGUAAUUCCAGAGUUAUUAAUAGGUGCAAAGAAAAUAGUUUUUUAAACUUUUGACCUUAAAAUGGUCUUUUCUAAUCUGAUUCUUUUUUAAAACUGCAUAAAAACAUUUGCUGCCAUAUAAAAACAGAAGCAUCCAUAUCGAUACAUGUAUCAGAAAGGAAUGUGUCACAAUAUAUUGAUGUAUUGAUAUUUUGAGCAAAGCCCUAUUUAAAGCCUUGUUCCAUGUGCCCCUUUUAUACUUUGAGCAACUGCCCCUCCAAAGGUCUCUGCACGGCCCUGAUGGGAGACAAGACAAUGGAUGAGUCCGGGGUGAGUUCAUGACGGGACGGGAAACCGGGAGAACACGGCACAACGACUUUUACCAUCACCGUGCCGUGACAGUGAGGCAUAUGGCCUCACUCAAAACUUUCUUUUCAACUUUUUUGGAAAGGAAAGAAAAAGGUGAA